AUGGCGAUCCAGCGUCAUCCUCCCAAGAUCCAGCUCUUGGAAAACAAUCCUCUCACGAGACUACUUCCUUACGGCUCUCUCAUCCUCGUAUGCAGUAUCAUAGGCAUAGUCCUACUCGCCAACAUCCUCGAACGAUGGGUUCUCCUACGUGUACAUCGAAGAGUCUACGCAGAACUCCAAGAACGCAAAGAUGAACGACGACGACGCUCCUUUGUAUACUUCCAUGUCGGCACAUUUAUACUUGCAUCUUUAUUAGUAUCGACGGCGUAUCCUAUUUUCGCUUUUCUUGUCGGCAAUGCGCAUUUCCAUACACCAGUGAGCAGAGGCGGUACGGUCACCGUGGGUGACUUCUUGUUUGUCGCGGCGGAGGUUUACAGCGCCUAUUACCUUUUCGAGAUGUGCUUUCGAACCAAGUUUGCGAGUUAUAUCAGUAUUGCCCAUCAUAUCGGUCUGCUUGUUAUCACACAGACGGCUAUUAGUCUUUUCGCGGAGCCCGAGAAGCACCCUGAAGCAACACUGGAGUUUUAUAUGUGCAUGGUCUGGGGUGCUUUCGAUGUCAUCGUCGAGCUACCCAUCUUCAUAACCAUGAUUAUCUGGCGAGUCAAGCGCGAAAACUCUGCCUUGCUAUCCAAGCUUGCCUUUGGAUGUUGCAUUUGGGCAGUAACAGCAGCCGGUGUGGAAACAAUUGUGACGAUAUACCUGCUCAAUAGUUCUUGGACUCGAUGGGCUAUCGAGUGGAAGAUCGCUACACCGACUGUCUUUGCACUGUGGAUUACCACGCAGUUAUAUGGCGCGACUCGACUCUAUGCGAUGGGUCGCGCGGAAAGUCGCAAAGGCAAGAUUGUGUCUGAUAGUCACUCGGUGUGA